CCGUCUCGGCGCUCUCCCCCGCGCCUGGGCAAGAUGGCGGCGCCCACGGCGGGGGCGCUGAGCGCGGCCAUGCUGGCCAUGCUGGGCCGCGGCGCGGCCGCCGCGCUGGGCAGAGCGCGGCCCGCCUGCAGCCCCGCUCUGCAGCAAGCCAGGGGCUAUGCCAGACCCGUGACGAGGAGGAGGAGAGACAUCCCCAGCCAGCUGGAUGACCUCCCUCCCACCAUGCUGAAGAAGGACUAUGCCAAUCUCCCAGUAAUGAACAGCGUGGAUGAUGUAGUGAGAAGGCUGUUGUCCCUGGAAAUGGCAAGUCAGAAGGAGAAGAUGAAAAUCAAGACGCAGCAGCUGGUGGAGAAGGUCAGGAGGUCUCCCAGCGACAACGGCUCCUUUGAGGUGCAAGUUGCAAUUCUGACUGCCAGGAUCCGCAUGUUCGAGGAGCACCUCCAGAGGCACCCCAAGGACAAGAACAACCGUCGGCGGAUGCUGAUGGACGUGGACAAGCGGAAGAAGCUGCUGGGGUACCUGCGGCGGGUGCGCUACGACACCUUCGAGAACACCUGCCAGCAGCUGGGCAUCCAGUACAGCCUCCCCGCGCCCUACACGCGGCGCGUCACCAAGCGCUGGCUGGUGAAGAAGGCCUUCUGCGUCAAGGUGUUCCAGGAGGCGCGGAAGCUGAAAGCGGCGGAGAGGAUGAAACAGAGGAGGGAGCGGCAGGCGAGAGGCAGGGCGGGGCAGGGGCAGGAGAAGGUGGCACAGGAGAAGCCAACACCGGAGGGGACUCCCGUCUAACAACACAGCCACUCUGACAAUAAAAACACUCAAAGAACCAGAA